AAUCUUUCUACACUGAUUAGAAAAUUGUUAUAAAUAAGAAAUAUGGAUGAUUGUAAGAGGAGUAAAAGCAAAAUCAUGUCAAGGCAAAAACGUCUGCGUUUAAGAAGAAACCCUAAUUUGGUGGUUGGUUGGCGGCCGGAGUUAGAAUCAGAGAUGGCAACGGCGGAGGAAAUCAACAAUGAUUCAGUUCCCAGUCUUCCUAUGGAUCUGGUCGGUGAAAUCUUCUGCAGGCUACCUGUGAAACUCCUCCUACAGCUCCGAUGCAUGUGCAAGUCAUGGAAUUGUCUAAUAUCGGAUCGCAAUUUCACGAGAAAGCACCUUAGCCUCUCAACCAGUCACCGGCUCCAUUACGCGGUAUACAAAUCUGAACCACACGAGUUAAUUCACAAUUCUUACCCACUCGAUUCGGUUUCGGUUUUAUCAACUAAUCUCACACAACAACAUCUCCUUCUGUACAACAGUAUCACUGCUUCUUGUGACGGCAUCCUUUGUCUUCAAAUUAAAUCUAAAGGUUUAGUUGCAUUGUGGAAUCCUUCUAUUCGGAAAUUCAAGGAACUUCCCCCUUUCGAAACCCCUCAAAUUCUUAACAAGGUUUAUCCCACUUUUGGCUUCGGCUAUGAUCACGUUUCUCAUCAUUACAAAGUGAUUGUUCUGUACUAUACCGCAUUUAGCAAAUUGAACUCGGUUGACACAACUAAAGUAAAAGUUCAUACUUUGGGUGCCAAUUGUUGGAAAACCAUCGAGACCUUUCCUUUUGGUGCUGUACUUGAUGAGCAAGCUGGAACACAUGUAAGAGGUACCAUUCAUUGGAUUGCCUAUACUCAAUGGUGUCGGAAAGGUCCCCUCUUCAUUCUUUCUUUUGAUUUGGGAAAUGACUCUUGUCAAAAGCUUUUGCCUCCUCAUCAUGCAGACAUCAGUCCCGAUUACUUGACAUUGUCUGUCUUGAGAGACUCCUUGUGCUUAAUUUCUGAUCAUCAUAUUUGGGUCAUGAAGGAAUAUGGAAUUCAUGAUUCUUGGACUAAAUUGUGCUCCGUUACAUACAUUCAAGAUCCUAGUAUGCGUUUGUCCAAGGCAUUGUAUGUUUUUGAUGAUGACCGACUGUUGCUAGAAACUCAUGAGGAAACUAGUCCCGAUGAGGAGUGGAAAAGGAAUCUGGUUGUUUAUGAUCCAAAGAACGAUACUUUUAAGGUUACCAUGUUUAAAAACUUCCUAUAUGUCUGUCUUGAAAGUUUGAUUUCAUGUUCUUAAUCCUUGAAAGUUUGAUUUCA